UCAAAACUAACCUAUACCUAAACCUAAUCUAUACCUAUACUAUACCUAAUAAACUACGACCUAUGCUUAAGUUAUCUGUAAUGUGUUUUUUCUUAUAAUUAGAUAUGUUAACCAAAAUUUUAAAUAUAAUUAGGACACAGAAGGUAGUUAAUAACCGAAAAGUUAGUGACAUUUACAAAUACAGAAGUUUUUACACUUCACAAAUCAGACAGCAUGGUGAAUAUGAAUGGCAGGAUCCAAAAUCGGAAGAUGAAGUAGUCAAUGUUACAUUUAUCAAUAAAGAUGGAAAAAGAAUUCUUGUUCGAGGAAAAGUAGGAGACAAUUUACUUUAUCUAGCUCAUCGAUAUGAAAUUCCGAUGGAAGGGGCAUGUGAGGCUUCUUUAGCAUGUACAACAUGUCAUGUUUAUGUACAGAGUAACCAUUUGGAUAUCCUUCCAGAAGCCACAGAAACGGAGGAAGACUUGUUAGAUAUGGCUCCAUUCCUAAAAGAAAAUUCUAGAUUAGGUUGUCAAAUAAUACUCACAAAACAGUUGGAAGGUUUAGAAGUCGAAUUGCCGAAAGCUACCAGAAACUUUUAUGUUGAUGGACAUACACCUAAGCCUCAUUAAUUAUGUGUAAAUAAUGUGAAUUGUUGAAUCUAAUUUUGAUUGUUAGUAUAUUUAUUAUGUACUUAUAUAGGAAUAGAUAAUUUUUAUUUUA